AUGUUGUCUGCACCAAACACAGCCCGGCGCAUCUCGUCGCUCUUCAACCUGAAAUCGAACAGAGACUCUGCUGCCUCGUCGACGUCUUCUGGUUCUCCCAAGCUGUCGCCAGACAGCCGUCUCACCACCGACAACCGUCUCGCCGCCGACCACCGACGUGUUCGAAGCCAAUCUCGCCCUGCCGUGCGCCAUGCUUCAUCGCCUCAGCCUAAUUCCGCAGACGCUCGCCCGCGAACAAGCAACGGCCCGAUAGAACCGCUCGACCUGGAAGCCCCGUUGCCGCCGCCGCCGUCCUUGCUCGCCAUCAACCAAGACCUUGACGAUCCGUCCUCACAGCGCACCUCGCACAGUCGACAAGGGAGCGCCUCGCACAACAGGAGAAGAAGUUGGAUGCCGAGCAGGGCUUCCAUGUCCAUGCCUCGCCAGGAUAUGAAUGCGGCUCAGACCGAACCGGAGGACCCUUACGGCGGGUUCGAUUCUUGGAUUGCUGGGCUGGAGCAAAAGAUCCCCUAUGAUCUGGACGCUUUGACGCGAGGAGACCAGGUCCCCGAGCUAUGGAACGAGCAGGGCGACACGUUCGUUUACCUUUUCCCUCAGAACACCAACCGGCCGCCGUCAUUCAAGGUGGAUUCGAGUGUCUUUUCGGACUCCCCCUCGCUCACUUUUCUGGCCCGAGGCACCGAUCCCAAGGUGGAAGCACUGCGCCAAUCGACUCGUACGCUCACAGUGACCGACCCCGACGGCGCGACCGCGCCCGAAGACCAGUGGAUGAAUGAUUCUGCAAGCAGUGGCACAGGCCGCAUGGCGUUCGUGGAUGAGCCAGUAGAAGAAGUCCAAGACAUCAAUUUAUAUCUUCCCAUACCGCUUUCCGGCGACGUGUCAAGUCCGAGCUCAUCCCUUGAACCUGACGACAUCGACGCCCUGGUGCUUUUCCGCAACCUGUUCGCCUUUUUGCUCGGCCAGGCCCUGGUUGCGACGCCGCGACACCCUAGCCUUUUCUCCAUCUUAAUGGAAGUGUCGGCCCUACUUAGCCGCUUCCACUUCUCCAACUUUGAUGGCUCCAACUUUGGAGAGGUCGCCAAUUCAAGCUUUGCCAACUACUGCAGCGAGCUCCACCUUGCGGAUAUCCGCAAAAGCCGAGAAAAGACUAUUGAAGCUGUUAUUCUGGGCGAACGGCUACGCUAUUAUCCUCUCUACCUUGAAGGAUUUGUUCACAGUGUCGGCAAGAUGGCCGAAUUGCGGUACAUGCAGAGUCCUAAAUACGCCUUGAUCAGCCCCGUCACACAGAAGCGACUUGAACGCAGCUACAUCGAUUUGGGGAAUCGUCUGACUGUCUUGCGCGGGAAACUUGAUGAGUUUGACUUUCCGGCCAUGUUCUCCGGCAUUGCCAACUCCACCACUUCUGUUGAAGGAAAAACCGUGCGGUUCAAGUCUUGGAGGCUUUCUUUCUUGGCUUUUAGAAAACACGUGUUGGGCUACUACCGCCAAAAAUACGGCUCCUGGCCUCCCAAGGCAAACUCCAAGAAGAAUGAAUUCGAGGGAAGCGGGUUGAACCGGCUGUUACUCAACGAGGUUUACGAAGACCUAACCGAUCUUUAUGACAUGCUUGUAGAUCGCACUCAACUCACGACGCGAACAACUGACAUGGCCACCGAAGAUCUUGAUGUGCCAGAUCCCGCCGAGGCUGUGCUUCGGGCUAUGCGACGAAUGAUGAGCGAGUACGACCGCAGCACACCUCCGGUGCUGCCUCCCAUUCCAUUUGACGUACCGCAAAUGCCCAGCGUGCAAGUGCUCCACCGGAAGACCUUGGAUGCUAAGAAAGAAGCCAAGGAGCGACAGAAAAAGCUCUCGGACUCGGAUAUCAAUGCAGUCCUCAUGGCAUCUUACACUCGGGAGAGUUUGAAGCCAACACCGUUUGUGGAGAGCUUCAUGCAAUUCGAGCGUCGCAAUGCGCACGGCAAAACCGUGGAUGAGAUUUUGGAUAACAGAAUCGGCCAAUGGCUGUUCCUCUAUGCUGUUAUCCAGUCUCUUCCUCUGUUGGUGAUUGACGUAUCUGAUCUUCGCUUCACGCAUGGUGUCGAAUACUUCCUCUGUGUUGCUCCUCGUGGAGGUGCACCAUGGGUGCAGAACGAUGCAAAGGCUGGCCGGAGCUGGUUCGGUGUUGCUGGUGGACAGGGUGUUGUCAGUCUGCCUUCAGAUGUCGUGAACAACGCGGUCGACACCGUCUACCGCCGCAGCCACUGCUGGCAGAUUGCCACCCAGUGGGCUGAAAAGAGCCAGAUUCUCGGCUCUCCGAUCACGACUGAGGACGGUUCAUCGGUCUUCUCCUCGCCCGCCCCAGUGCCACAAUCCUCGACGGGUUCCAUGUCUGAUGCGCCGUCCAUGCUGAGCCCCAGUGGCAUGUCUUCCAUGGGCGUGCCGCGCACUGGAUCUCCAGGCUUUAUCUCCCACAACAAUCGAGCAUCAAUCUACAACACGCUCGAAGCGCUCCCUCUUCCUGCGGGUGUCAUGCCCGUGGAACCGCCUACCAAGCCGUUUACGCGCAUGAAUCCGACUAUGAGUUUCGAUGACAUUUUGAAAGAUAUACCCAAUGGAAAAAAGAAAUAG